AUGCCAGCCGAGCCGUCAAUCUCGGACAGUCGGCACAGUUCGGUGGCAAAAUCGCAUUCGGAUAGUGAUACCUGGCUUUUACUAGCCGGAAGACCGGAUGCCGAGAUCGAACUCACCUUAACUUUUGGGGACGAUGAAAAAGCGGUUGAAAAUUGUUUUGAAGAAGGACAAGAGUCCUGCACAUCGCGGCGCGUAAUCAGCAGUCAUUUGCAAUGCGGACUUUUCCUAUCCUCUUGUGAAAGCCUAAGCGAUGAGGAGCGGAAAACUCUCGCUGGUGGAGAUGCUGCUCGACACCGGGCUUCAAGUCGAUGGGGCGACGCAACGGGUAGAACCGCACUGAUGCACGCCAUUACAAUGAACGAUCCGGAUAUCAUCGCUCAUUUGCUACAGAAAGGCGCCGACGUCAACCACCAGGAUGAGAAUGGGGAUACUCCACUACUUCUGUCGAAGCAGGCAAGGCCAGCAAUUUCCUAUAUCAUGGGCGCAUUGCUGGACGCCGGCGCCGAUCCGGCGGUCAAGAAUUCGAAGGGAAUUUGCCUGGCCGACAACCCGGAUCAGACGACGCGAGAUGUGAUCGCUGGUCAAAGGAUCGCUCCGGAGCUGAAGCCAUUUGGGCAAGCGCACAACCCGUUGUUUGGCCGAAGCGUAGGUGGUGGUGGCGCUGAUGGGGGGUCCGGGUCUGAAUCCGGCGAGGAUAUCCCGAUUCAAAUCGAUGAGAGCCCGCGAUCGAGCAGACCAUCAACAGCAGGCAGACGCGCCGGUGAUCCGAUCCCGAUCUCGGCCGGUUCUGCCCUUGACGAUGAUGAAGAUCUCGGAAUGUCACCCGAGCAAGGCCCAUCCUCGUCCACCACCCCGGGCAGAUCAAGGAAAAGCCGCUUCGAGUCGAGCAAUUUUGCUAAAGAUGACAUCAGCUCCCUCGAUUACCUGACCCGACUCCGUCUCUCGAAAAUCCUGGACAACAACGCAAAGUGGCAAGAUCUGGCAAUGGAGCUCGAAUGUGGCCAUAUGACGGAGCUGAUCCAGAUUUGCGCCGACGAGAAUUCUAGCCCGACCAUGAUUUUCUUGGAUCAAUAUGAGAUGGUGCCCGGCUCCAAGGUGUCGGCGAUGCGCACCGGCUUUGUCGCCCUGGGGCUUCCUGAAUGUGUCAAGCUGCUGGACGAGCGAGUGACGUAC